CACAUGCAAUUUGCCUGGCUUGGAAGUUGUUCCGUUGCGUCGUCAACGUUGAUGCUGGUGGCUGAUACCUUACGCCAAAGUGGAAAACAUGGACUCUUUCUUCGGCUUCGACCUCUGUCUAUUAAACUUCUUUCAAUUUCUUCGUCUCCUCCUGCUGGGUGUUGAUUCUCAUCCCCCUUUUCUUCUUAUCCAAUCACAAAAGUAAAACCCAGUUUUCUGCCGAGAAAAUCUGUGCAAGUGUGAUAAUUUUUUCUUGGAUUCUGGAAAUGGGAAAGAUCGGGUUGUUUGAUCUGGAGAAGCACUUUGCUUUCUAUGGAGCUUACCACAGCAAUCCAAUCAACAUUGCCAUACACAUGUUGUUCGUUUGGCCAAUCUUCUUCACCGCUCUUCUUCUCGCCUACUUCACCCCCUCUCUGUUUAAUCUUCCUCACAUCGACUUUUCCCUUUUCGGAAACCAUUUUGAUCUCAUUUUGAAUAUUGGGUUCCUUGCUACAGUGAUAUAUUCCGUGUUUUAUAUCUGUUUGGAUGCGAAAGCUGGCUCGUUAGCUGCUCUGUUUUGCGUGAUUUGUUGGGUUACCAGUAGCUUUCUUGCUCGGAAACUUGGAUUUUCCAUCGCUUGGAAGGUUGUUCUGGUGGCUCAGAUAGUAUGUUGGACUGGACAGUUUAUUGGCCAUGGGGUCUUUGAGAAAAGGGCGCCAGCUUUACUGGACAACCUUGUUCAGGCCUUUAUAAUGGCUCCAUUCUUUGUGCUGUUGGAGGCUCUGCAGGAUUUCUUUGGUUAUGAGCCACGCCCGGGAUUUCAUGCAGCAGUGCAAGCGAAGAUUGAUAGUGAAAUUAAUGAAUGGAAGGAAAAGAAGCAGAAAUUGAUUUCUUAGUUUCUUAUCGGGUCUAACAUAAUUUUCACCGUGGCGCUAGGUAAAAAAACAACAAAAACCAAGGUAUUACAUUUGGUAUAAAGCUUUUUUUUUUUUUUUUUUCUCGGGUGAUGAAAUAGAUAUGAAGCUUCUGUGUAAUAUAUAACUAGUGAAUUUAGAAGCCUCAGCUUAGGUGUCCCUUGUGAAUUAGGGAAAAUUCCACGUAUAGCCCAUUAAUGGAAAACGUUUUUCUAAGAUUUUCCAAUUCAAACAAAUGCAACUUUUUGGAUGAUUGUGGAAAUGGAAAUGGUCUGGUGAUAACAUUUUUUUCUAUACUAGUUCUGAUAUAAAAGUCAAAUAUGACAGUUUUUUCUUC